GUAUUCUAGUUGUAAUUUUCCUUUCUCUAAAUUCCCGGAAUUGAAUCUCUCUCUUCUCUCUGUAGCAGAGUGCGGAAAAGCUAGGCCGUCCGCCGCCAAUUGUCACCGACGAGAGUUGAGGUAAUCAUGGGAUCAAUGAAGAGGAAAUCACUGGAAGACACAUCUACGGAGUUUACGCCUCCAGCUAAACAACAGAAAGAGAAUGUUUUAUUCGGCGGCGCGGAUGAGGUGGUAGCUUGCGUUCACGAUGUAUCAUACCCUGAAGGCCACAUUCCUCGUCCUUCAAGUUCCUUUUCAGCUCAAGAAGACUCGAAACCCGCAAAGGAAUUUCCAUUCACUCUCGACCCUUUUCAGUCCGAAGCAAUCAAAUGCCUCGACAGUGGUGAAUCCGUCAUGGUAUCGGCUCAUACAUCAGCAGGGAAAACUGUUGUGGCUUUAUAUGCAAUUGCUAUGUCGUUGCGGAACAAGCAACGUGUUAUAUACACUUCACCUAUCAAGGCACUCAGCAAUCAAAAGUACAGAGAGUUUAAAGAAGAGUUCUCAGAUGUCGGUUUGAUGACCGGAGAUGUAACAAUUGAUCCCAAUGCUUCUUGUUUGGUAAUGACUACAGAAAUCUGGCGUAGUAUGCAGUACAAAGGAUCCGAGGUUACUCGUGAGGUAGCUUGGAUUAUUUUUGAUGAGGUACAUUACAUGCGUGAUAGGGAAAGAGGGGUGGUAUGGGAAGAGAGCAUUGUCAUGGCCCCAAAGAAUUCUCGAUUUGUAUUCCUAUCUGCUACAGUGCCCAAUGCAAAGGAAUUUGCUGAUUGGGUUGCGAAGGUCCACCGGCAACCAUGUCAUAUCGUUUACACUGAUUAUAGACCAACACCCCUUCAGCAUUAUAUCUUCCCUUCUGGAGGUGAUGGUCUGUACUUAGCAGUGGAUGAAAAGGGAAAAUUUCACGAGGAUAGCUUUCAGAAAGCUUUAAAUGCUCUUGUACCUGCUAGUGAAGGUGAGAGGAAAAGGGAAAAUGGAAAAUGGCAGAAGGGUUUGAUGGUUGGUAAAGCUGGUGAAGAAAGUGACAUAUUCAAGAUAGUGAAAAUGAUUAUUCAGCGUCAAUACGAUCCGGUGAUAUGUUUUAGCUUCAGCAAAAGGGAGUGUGAAUUUCUUGCAAUGCAGAUGGCAAAGAUGGAUCUAAAUGAAGAUGAAGAGAAAGUGAACAUAGAAACUAUUUUUUGGAGUGCUAUGGACAUGUUAUCUGACGAUGAUAAGAAGCUACCUCAGGUUUCAAAUAUGCUGCCCCUCUUGAAACGUGGAAUAGGUGUGCAUCACUCUGGAUUGCUUCCAAUACUGAAGGAAGUGAUUGAGAUACUAUUUCAGGAAGGGCUCAUCAAGUGUUUAUUUGCGACAGAAACAUUCAGCAUAGGAUUGAACAUGCCUGCAAAAACUGUUGUCUUCACAAAUGUUCGAAAAUUCGAUGGAGAUAAAUUUAGAUGGAUAUCCAGUGGAGAAUAUAUACAGAUGAGUGGUCGUGCUGGUCGUCGAGGAAUUGACGAACGCGGGGUCUGCAUCCUCAUGGUGGACGAGAAGCUGGAGCCCUUUACUGCCAAAAUGAUGCUUAAAGGAAGUGCUGAUUGUUUGAACAGUUCCUUCCAUUUAAGCUACAACAUGCUUUUGAAUCAAAUGCGAUGUGAAGACGGUGAUCCUGAGAACUUGCUCCGGAACUCAUUCUAUCAAUUUCAAGCUGACAGAGCUAUUCCAGAUCUUGAGAAACAAGCGAAGAUGCUCGAAGAGGAGAGGGAUUCAAUUGUCAUUGAAGAAGAAGAUAGUUUGGAGAACUAUUACUCUCUGCUACAGCAGUACAAAAGCUUGAAGAAGGAUGUUCGUGAUGUUAUUUAUUCUCCAAGGUACUGCUUGCCCUUCUUGCAGCCUGGCCGGCUAGUAUGCAUCCAGUGCACAAAGAGUGAUGAAAGUUCCGCAUCUUUCUCCAUAGAGGAGCAGGUCACAUGGGGAGUGAUACUCAAUUUUGAAAGAGUGAAAGAUCUUUCUGAAGAUGAUGCAAAUAAACAACCAGAGUAUGCAAAUUAUACGGUGGAUGUUCUCACAAGGUGUGCAGUCCGUAGGGAUGAACUUGCUAAAAAGACAAUCAAAAUAGUUCCAUUGAAGGAGCCUGGAGAACCUGUUGUUGUUUCCAUUCCUCUCUCUCAGAUUGAUAAUUUAAGUAGUGUCCGGCUAGUAAUACCAAAGGAUUUUUUGCCGCUGGAAGCUCGAGAAAAUACUAUGAAGAAGGUGUCUGAAGUUCUCUCCAGAUUUGCUAAGGGGAUGCCUUUAUUGGAUCCUGAAGAGGACAUGAAGGUUCAAAGUAGCUCAUACAAAAAGGCAGUCCGUAGAAUUGAGGCCUUAGAGAACUUGUUUGAAAAGCAUGAAAUUGCAAAGUCUCCACUUAUCGAGCAAAAGCUCAAAGUUUUACACAAGAAGAAAGAACUUACGGCCAAAAUUAAGUCAGUUAAGAGAACAAUUCGCUCUUCCACGGCAUUGGCUUUUAAAGAUGAACUUAAAGCGAGGAAAAGGGUCCUGAGGAGACUAGGGCAUGCUACAAGGGAUGAUGUUGUGGAGUUGAAGGGGAAGGUUUCUUGUGAAAUCAGUAGCGCAGAUGAGCUGAAUUUGACAGAACUCAUGUUUAAUGGAGUCUUGAAGGACAUCAAUGUAGAAGAGAUGGUAUCUCUUCUCUCUUGUUUUGUGUGGCAAGAGAAGCUUCAGGAUGCUCAGAAGCCCAGGGAUGAACUUCAAUUGCUCUUUACACAAUUGCAAGAUACAGCUCGAAGGGUUGCCAAGGUUCAGCUUGAGUGCAAGGUUCAAAUUGAUGUGGAGAAUUUCGUAAGUUCUUUUCGGCCUGAUAUCAUGGAGGCCGUGUAUGCUUGGGCAAAAGGGUCCAAAUUCUAUGAGAUAAUGGAAAUCACACAGGUUUUCGAGGGAAGCUUGAUCAGAGCUAUCAGAAGACUGGAGGAAGUUCUUCAACAGUUGAUACAAGCUGCAAAAUCCAUUGGAGAAACAGAGCUUGAAGCCAAAUUUGAAGAUGCUGUUUCCAAGAUCAAGAGGGACAUCGUCUUUGCCGCAUCACUUUACUUGUAGACUGAAAGAUUCAGUCAUAUUCUGAUAUGUCAGGGGAUUCAGAAAGAUAAGGAGAUACAAUUCUUUCAGAAGUUUUGGCGAAUCUGCAAGCAGAUGCAUAUGACGUUGCUGUAAAAAGAGAUGGAGAUCAGCUGGGUCAACGAGCAUUAUAGGGUGUGCAACAUUUUUGUUGUGGAACUUACAUGCUUGAAGGCUUGUCCUGGUUUGUUCAUGUCAAGAGCAGGAAGUGAGACGAUCCUCGACUUCAAGUUUAGGCAAUGGUUGUGUGCCAUGACAAAUUCAGUUCUCAGCACUAUCCUCCAUAAUGUUAUUUUUUGCCGCUUGUAUAAUUAUAAGAGUAAUUAGUGGGACUUUUUUCUUUUAUUUCAAUAAAAAUUUUGUUCCAAUAGCGUUCUCGACACAUUUGCCUAUG